AAGACGUCGCUUCCGGUCACGUGGUCAGAACCUUUUCAGUUGGCGCGGAAAGUUAACGCUUGUUGGUAACUUGUCACUCCAUACUCAUAAAUGUGGAGUCCUUUGAUAUGAAGUUGUUUUUUUUUCUUUGGAAGCUAUUGGUGUAUACUACUUAACAGUCCAAGACCAGUGUGGAGAAGACUCUCGAAUCUGCUGCGUUUGAAUGAAAUUGCCGUUUUUCCCUCUCGGAUGUAAAAUAUGAGUCCACAGAAGCGCACGGUGGUGUCAGGAGCAUUAGAAGUGCGGUUUGUGGGAGAUGAUGAUGUUCUGGAUCACAUUGUGGAGAAACAUGAAGGGUCAAAAGCGCCACGGAGUUCAGUUCAAACUCUCGUAAGCCUGAAGAGUCCUAGAAAGCCAUUAGCAGACCCUGCUGAAGAGGAUGAGGACAGUGUAUUUAAUGAGCAAAACUAUGUAGAGGCACUUGGUGCUGGUACACAAGAUGGAGAUGAGAAUGGAUCAACCACUGCAGGAGCAUCGGUGUUCACUUUCCAGACCAUUAAACGCUCCAAUAAAAUGGCACAAGUGGCAUCAGAGUGGGCACGCACUCCUGGAAAAAGUGUUACAUUUAGCACUCCCGAUAAUCCAGAGGAGCCACCUAGCCCUGCCCGUGCUUCCAAGAAGUUGGUGACUCAAAACAAAACUCCUCAAAAGGGGAAGAAAGUACAGUUUGUUUCCACGACCCCACACAGACUGAGAAAGAGAAUAUCAGCUCCUAAUCUGAAAUCAGACAGUGACAGUGAUUUCUCCCCCUCAAACUCUGAGGAGGAGGAGGACGAGGACGGACAUGAGGAUGAGGAGGAAAAAGGAGAAAAGCGCGGAGCUCAGCCGAAAACCCCCAGCAAGACGGCUACAUCAGCUGUUGCGCUUUACAAGACGCCUGCCAAGAAGAGCAAGAAAACGCCCGAGCCCAGCCUGGUGGAGGAGUACUUUGAAGCUCACAGCAGCUCGAAGGUGCUCACGUCGGACAGAACCCUCCAAAAGCUCCAGACCCCAAAAUUAGAUCGGGAAACUCUUCUGCAGUUGCUGGAUGGAAAGCCCUCCUGUUACACAGACGAGAUCACUCAGCUGAAUAAAAAACACCAGACCAAUUUCAGCAAAUGGAUGCUGCAGUUACAGAUGGGCUUCAACAUCCUGCUGUAUGGCCUGGGCUCGAAGAAGCUUUUACUGGAGAAGUUCCGCACUACCAUGCUGUCUGAUUCCAUGCACCUGGUGGUCAAUGGCUUUUUCCCAAGCAUCACUCUCAAAUCGAUCUUAAAUGCCAUCACCAGCGAGAUGCUGGAGCAUGAUGGGAGUUUUCGCACCCCAGUGGACCAAAUAAACUUCAUUGUGAAAACCCUUAGAAAAGACCCGGACAACCACAUCUACCUGAUCAUCCACAACAUUGAUGGCCCCAUGCUGCGUGGUGAGAAGAACCAGCAGGCGCUUGGGCAGCUGGCCUCCAUUCCCAACAUGCACCUGCUCGCCUCCAUAGAUCACAUCAACGCCCCUCUCGUGUGGGACCAAUCGAAGAUGUGUGUGUUUAACUGGCUGUGGUACGAGACGACUACCUUCCUGCCGUACACAGAAGAGACGUCGUACGAGAACUCUCUCCUGGUGCAGCAGACAGGAGCGCUGGCUCUUAGCUCGCUCACACAUGUCCUGCGUAGUCUCACACCAAACGCCAGAGGGAUCUUCAAACUACUGGCUGAAUUCCAGCUGGAGAACAAAGACAAUCCUUCCUAUUCAGGUUUGUCUUUUCAAGAUUUUUACCAGCGCUGUCGUGAGGCCUUCCUGGUGAACAGUGACAUCACGCUGAGGACUCAACUGACAGAGUUCCGGGAUCAUAAGCUGAUCCGCACCAAGAAGGGAGCUGAUGGAAUAGAGUACCUUCUGAUCCCUGUGGAUGCGGGAACUCUCACAGACUUCCUGGAGAAAGAGGAUGUUGAGUAAUCGGAGCGGAAAGAGAUUAAAGUACUGUUUUGAGGACUGGCCACCUGUCUAUGAAUAGUGUUUUACUGUACCUGUUCUGACUACCAUGGAUAGGCAGCAGUAAGCUGGCACAGAUCGCCAUACUGCAUGCUGGGUAGUUCAGAGGUCUUCAUGCACUGUAGAAGUCCAACUGAAAUGAAUCAACUCAAGUACUUCAAGUACUGAAACGUAAAAUCAUGGACACUUUUUGUAAACGGUAUGUAGUAUGUACAGAUAUGUAAUAAAUAUGAUGCAUUGCAAUUUAUUUACAUAUAAAAAUAUGUUCAGUAAAUAUACAUUUAUAGUCACAUUCCUGCAAUACCAUCAUAAUACACAUAUACAAGUAACUUGGUAACAAUCAGAUGUUAGACCGAUCCUAAUGCGAUACGCAGGCUUAGAUCCGUUUAAACAAGAUACGAACAGGAAAUGCUAAAUUAAUACCAGGAAAAGCAAUACAGCAGAAGCCAUAAUUCUGUUUUGUUACAAUGAUCAUGUCUGUAAAAAGUAGAGUUUACUAAUAAUUUCUCUGUGAAGCUAUUUUUAAAUUAGCAUAUAUGUGCACACAUAAUAUAUGACCAAAGGUUUGAGGACACCUGACCAUCACACCUAUAUGUGAGCUUUCUCCAAAUUCUUGCCACAAAGGUGGAAACACACCAUUGUAAAUGAUGUCUUUGUAUGCUGUAGCAUUUCCAAUUUGCCUUCACUGGAAUUAACAGGCCCAAGCCUGUUACAGCAUGACAGUGCCCUUGUGCACAAAACGAGCUCCAUGAAGACAUGGUCUGUCAAGGUUGGAGUGGAAGAACUGGAGUGUUCUGCACCUCUACCCCACUGAAUACCUCUGGGAUGAACUGGAAUACAGAUAACACCCCAGGUUUCCUCACCCAACAUCAGUACCUGACCAUCUUUAAUGCUCAUAAAUCUCCAUAACCACACUCCAAAAUCUAAAGAAAACUUCCCAGGGGAGUGGAGGUUACUAUAACAGCAAAGGGGGACUAAAUCUGGGACGGGAUGUUCAACAAACACACAUGGGUGUGAUGGUCAGGUGUCCACAAACUUUUGCCAAUAUAGUGUGUAAGCUAUACAUACAUUUUGGUGACAAAUUAAUGGAGAAACCAGUGGCUCAUCCAUGCUGUUCUAUUUCUAUCUUAAUGGGAGUGG